CAGUUACAGAUACACUUGAAAAAAGAAAAGAAAAAUGUUUGCCGAGGAAAAGAAGAAAAAUACCAACUAUGGUUCAAUCUUUGUCUCUUGCUUCUUCUGUUUGGUUUUGGUUGUAGGAGUAGUAAGGUUUGGAAAACCUUAUUACAACCUUCAAAACUUAAUGGAGACAGAAGCAGUAAUGGAACAAGGAUUGUUGGACGUGGGGAUACUUCCCUGUAACCUCAGGAGCUCUGUCUCUAUUCCUGCCCGGAAUCACCAGAAGCUCUCGACAACAGUAAGGGAAGAGACGAGAACUCGUCCUCCAAAUUCGUACUGUGUGAAGUUCGAGUCAUUUGCCACUAUGUCCAAACUGGUCGCAGGCAACGGUGACAAGUACGAGUCACGUCCGUUCUCAGCCGGUGGAUACAAUUGGACGUUCCUAAUCUACCCAAAUGUGAACAAGCCAGUGGGUUCGGGUGGAUACGUUUCCCUUUACGUAAAAAUCGAUAACUCAAGUUUCAUCGCUACUCAAAACGAAGUGUAUGCAUGGAUCAAAUUCCUCACCUAUAAAAGCACUACAGACACAUACCAUGAGCUCCAUGCGACUGAGGCACAGAGAUUUCAUUUGUUUAAACAAGAGUACGGAAUGCUAACCUUUCUUGAGAUCGGGUACUACCAAAAUCCGGCAUAUGGAUUCAUUUUCAACGGCGGACAGAGUGUGUUUGGUGUUGACAUCGUGGUUUCUAAACCGUCUGCCACAUGGGAAGAUGUCGCUUAUGAAGAAAACAUUCGUGACCCUGUUCUUGAUUGGAGAAUCACCAACUUCUCUUACCAAGAUAAAGUCUCUUACACUUCUGAUACGUUUUCUUCCGGAGGAAGAAACUGGGUAUUGAAAGUAUAUCCAAAUGGAGCUGGGUCUGCAACUGGUAAUUCAUUGUCACUCUAUUUGUUGAGUGCGUCAAACGAAAAGGGUUACGUGAAAGCCAAGUUUAGAGUUAUUAACCAGACCCCAUCCAAAAAUGUGGAGAAACAAGUGGAUGGAUGGCCCAAUGCAAAAGAAAAUGGAUGGGGUGUCGACACACUUAUACCACUCGCAGAUAUCAAAGACCCAUCCAAAGGUUUCCUCGUCAAGGAUACCAUCAGAUUUGAAGUCGAGAUCUUGGCCUUCUCUAGAACUAAUUCCAUCUCUAACUAGGGCUUAAAAUAAUCAUCACUCGUACCUGUGUUGUUUUUUCCUAUCAUAACCGGAUAUAGUUGGUACUUGGUAGUAAUUCCAAGUGAAUUACUAUCCCUUUGUUUCACUGUUUUUGUUUCCGUCCAAUAAUAAAGAGUUACAGCUUCUUUUUUUAUAA